UGGAGAUGUAAUAUGGCUGGCCACAAUUUAUCUGUCAUGGCAAGCUUGGGCUGCCGACACGACGGGCAUAACAACCCAUUUAGUUCCCAUCAUUUCGCUGCUUCUUGUCCCCUCCCCUCCAGACACAGACAACAACACACACCUUAAUAGGGGCGCGUCUCCGACAUAGCCGCCGACCAAUAACCCGUCUGUCUGGGCAGAGACCAAGGGGGAUGAGCACUUGUCGAGGCCCAAUCAGCGUUUUGUGUUGCCUACCGGUGCCGGGGACUGGUCGCGAGGAGCUGCUGCAGCGCUUCAGGAUCGGAAAGCGAACCCGGAGCCAGUGGAACCUGCAGGGUAAAGGCUAGUCAGGAUGGAGCGGAUGAGUGAGGAGACCCUGCGGAUGAACUUGCUGAAGCGCGGCCUGGAGGCCCCGGAGGAGCGGGAGGAGGCCCUGGCCAAGCGGCUCAAGAUGGAGGGCCACGAGGCCAUGGAGCGUCUGAAGAUGCUGGCCCUGCUGAAGCGCAAGGACCUCGCCGGAUUGGAGGGGGGCGCCGCCGGGACCCAAGGGGAGGCGAAGGGCUCCCUGGGCGGCGGCCAGGGCCUGGCCGGGCCCUUGUGCUACGAGGAGAAGAUGAACGGGAGCCUGCGGGGCGGGUCGGGGGGCCACGGGGCUCACGGGGCCCACGGAGGCAUGGGAAAGAGUGGGAAGGAGAACAUGGGGGACGAGCCAGUCGACAUGAGUGCCAGACGGGGGGAUGUGGACCGAGACCGCCACACCCCCUCUCCGGACGUGAUUGUCCUGUCCGACAACGAGGCCUCCAGCCCCAGGGGGUCCUCCCGUGCUGAGGACAGGCUGAGGGCUGCAAACGUGGAGAUGUUCAAGGGCAAGAGCGACGAGGAGCGGCAGCAGAUGAUCAAAGCCCUGAGAGAGGAGCUGCGUCUGGAGGAGGCCCGGCUGGUGCUUCUGAAGAAGCUGAGGCAGAGUCAGAUGCAGAAGGAGAACCUGGUGCAGAAGGUACCGGUGGUCCAGAACGCGGCCUCCUCUGUGCAGCCGUCCGCCAUUCACAGUUCCCAGGGUCUGGCCAAACUGCCGGUGCGUCCUGGGCUCCAGAAUCCAGAGCCACAGAACCUGCGCACCCUACAGGGGCACACAGUGAUCAGGUCAGCUGCCAAUGCCUCCCUUCCACAAAUGAUGAUGUCACAGAGGGUCAUUGCCCCCAACCCAGCCCAACUGCAGGGCCAGAGGGUGCCCUCCAAGCCUGGCAUGAUGCGAUCCGCUACAGGAAACAUGAACAAUGCAGUCGGAUACCAGCAGACCUCCAGCCAGCAGGUGUCAGCCUCCCAGCGAUCUGGAUCCUCUGCCAUCUACAUGAACCUGGCUCACAUGCAGGCAGCCGGGGCUGGCGGAGUCGGAGGGGUGACAGGUGUGGGCGCUGUCAGUCCCUCUCCCCUGCCCAGUCCGGGGGCGGGGUCCCUGUCAGAUUCAGUCAGCAGCCAGGCGGCCGCCAAGCUGGCCCUGCGCAAACAGCUGGAGAAGACCCUGCUGGAGAUCCCACCCCCCAAACCACCCGCACCCCUGCUGCACUUCCUGCCCUCAGCCGCCAACAGCGAAUUCAUCUACAUGGUGGGCUUGGAAGAGGUGGUGCAAAGUGUCAUCGACAGCCAGGGUAAAUUACGUGGGCCGCUGUCCCGCAUGGAUCCCUUCAUGUGCGCCCAGUGCAGGACGGACUUCACUCCGCACUGGAAGCAGGAGAAGGGCGGGCGCAUCCUCUGUGAGCAGUGCAUGACAUCCAAUCAGAAGAAGGCCCUGAAGGCCGAGCACACCAACCGUCUGAAGAACGCCUUCGUGAAGGCCCUGCAGCAGGAGCAGGAGAUUGAACAGAGGCUCCAGCAGCAGGCCGCUCUGUCCCCUAGCUCUGCCCAGACUGUCCCCAGCGUCAGUAAGACUGAAACCAUGAUCCGACACCAUGCGCUCAGACAGGCGCCCCAGCCCCAGGCCACCCAAUCGCAGGCCUCUCUGCAGCGCGGGCUCAGCAGCUCCGCCCGGGGAGUGCUGUCCAACUUCGCCCAGGCCUCCCAGCUGUCAGUGGCCAGCAGCCUCCUGGGCAUGACGGGCAAGCAGCGGUGCGGCGGCGGCGGCGGGAGCCGGGCACAGCACGACAGCCGGCGCCAGCUCUACAACAUCCCCGGGGUGAACAUUGCUUACCUGAACCCUGGAAGUGUGGGGGGGCACAAAGCAUCCAGCCUGGCUGAUCGGCAGAGAGAGUACCUGCUGGACAUGAUUCCGCCUCGGUCCAUAUCGCAGUCCAUUACUGGACAAAAAUGAGCCUGCCCUCCCCCUCCCACCCACACUGCAACGCACCCCACCCCCAUCCCGUCGCAUGCAGUGCCUGUCAGUGUGCCUACCAACUAACCUGUAAAAACGACACAAUCAACGAGAAAAAAAGCCACCAAACUGUCAGUGCAUCUGAAGUUACUUUCUUACUACAUGUAUUGCAGAUCUUCUUAUUACUAUUAUGACUAUAUUACUGCUACGGUUGUUACCAUUAUUAUUGUUGUUGUUGUUGUCAAGUCCUUUGGCUCUCAUUUGAACCUUUCCCUUAACCCUUUGCUUUUCUGCCUUGGGGGAAGCGGCGGGAAUUGAAGCAGAGUGGUCCACAAUUUAUUUUUCCCUUUUUAUUAGUUAAUACAUUUAUAGUUUCAUUGAUUUGCUACUCCCAGGAUUGUAACAAGCUUUUCCUGUGUUUGGGAUUGUGUAAGCUCCCAUAUUGCAUAAGGAGGAUUCCUGCUUGGCCGAAUUGGCUCCUCAUCCUUGCCCUGGAGCCCUGAGUUGCAGAACGGGUUCUGGAAGAGCCCUCCCAACAUGGGGCAGAGGAACGCUUGAUAAUUCUGGAUAAAAAUGAACAGACCAGGAAGAAGAAGAAGGCCUUUGUUUUAAAAAGGUUUCAGUAAUGGUUCAUCAUAUUCAUCUCAACUUGACCAUUUAAAAGAUGGAGAAGGAAGACCAGGAAUGCAGUCUAUGAAAAUCCUGUCAGACAACCAGGGGGAGACUUACUAAACAAGGCUCGGGUUGAAGGGCUAAUGUUGAGAAGAGGGGACAAUGCAGUCGAUAGGUCAUUCUGUAGCAUUUCAUUGGCCAGUUAAAGCAAAGUGGACAAUGUUAAAGAUGCGGAAGUUGAAAUGAAGGCUGUAGAAGCCCAUUAGUCUGAAUUCUGUGACAUUGGAGCUGAUUGGUGGAUCUGAGCUCAGUAUUCCAAUCAAAUCCAGUGGAUAGUGGGAAUACUGGAUCACUAGCAUGAGAUGAAACAAACUGCCCUGGUAAAAGUGGAAAGAUUGCACGAAUCAUAAAUUGAAGCGCUUAUAUUGAAAAUUGCCACAAGGUCCACUGUACACAGUGAGAGGUGGAAGGAUGUGAGAGGGGAACCUCAGAUCUCCACUGUCGUGUCUUUGGUCAUGUUGCUAGCAUGUUUGUGCACAACAGGAACAGCCCAGAAGAGUCUUUGCCUUGCCCUUUUUUGGCAUCCAUGUUAAGAUUAGUCUUUCAGUUGGGGCGCUGUCUGCUAUGAUUCACCUUGCUGCGUGCUUUGCAGACUGGAGGCUCCUCAAAGGGACGAAGGGACGAAGACAUUUCAGCCGCCAUUCUGACUGUUCUGACGUCUCCCUUACAAUCGGUUGUGUAUCUGAGAGGUACUCUUCAGGGAGACGAUAAUAAGAAUCAUAAUUUUUAAAAAUUAAUGCAACUUUAAAGUAUCUAUAUGGGUAUUUAUGUAGAUGGCUAGAUGGGGUUAUACAAUGAGGUGAUUAUGUCUAUAAUAACCGGAUAUGGGUCAAUCAGUCUGUUAACGUAAUGCACAGGAGUAGCCUUUCUUCAGGAGCACUUUUUUCUGUAAAGAAAGGAAGAUAUAGAGAAUCAAUGCCACAGGAGAAGGGGUUAUCUUGAGUGUCUGUGAGACUGCUGGGAGAGCCCUCACACCUGUUAAACCUGUAAAACAAAAGUUUUGAGUGGCACUGGUGUUCACAUAUAUUAACAGUAUUGUGGUUUCCAGUUUCAUAUUUUAGCGUGAAAAUGUGCUGCCGGUUGCUUUUUUCUUUCUUUUUAUUUCCAUCAAUUGUUGGUAGAUUGGAAGACUGGAGACAAGCCAAGGCUGGUGUUGCUUGACUGCAGAAAAGCUGCGCAGAAGGACUGCGUUUGUUUCAAUUCUCUGAUGAUGGUGACCCUCCAAUAUCAGGUCUGUCAGGAAAAAACACCUCCUGUUUCUGAGUAUAAAUUCCCCUGAUGUAGCUUUCAAGGUCUACUGUCAUGACACUGACAGUGUUGAAUCUAUGAGCAGUGUUACACUGGGGCGGGGGGGAGGCGUGGACAUGGGUUUUUCUGUCAGUCAGAGUUUGGCACAGGAGAAAGGGAUGCGGACGGAGGCGUCGAGACAGGAAGUGGAAUUAGGAGAGGUCAAAGUACUGUAGGGGAGAGUACGGGACGCCGCAGUAUCUUGUCCCUUCUCGUUUUAAACCAUCUUGCGUGACUCCAGAGAUGGCACGUUGUCUGGGUCCGCCGUGCGCGAACCACAACGCAAACCAAAGCAUGAUGGGAAGAGCUGCGGUCGCUCGGCAGUGCCUUUUCUCUCAUGGUCUUCCCCUGCCACAUCUGCUUCCUACAGGACUCCAGUCCUGCGUUCUGUUGCACUCAGAGGGACUAUGUUGGAUUCCUAUCGCUGGUUUUCAAAUGAACGUAGUGGGGAGUGAGAGAUGUUCUGCAUGUGCCAGCAUAUCAGCUGAGCCCCAUUCUCAACCCAGGCUUUGGUGUCAAAACAGUCCAGUGUCCCAAUAUGAUGACAUGAAGCGCCCCAUGAAAAUAUCCUGGUGGGCAAGCUUGAACCACAGGUGCAAUAUUUGGAGACGCAGGGAAGAUUACACUCAGAAGAGAUUAAUUUUGUUUGUAUUUAUUUGAGAAUAAAUUAGCGCAUCCCUAAGCUGGUUAGUACAGGACACAGUGGCUUUUUUUUCUUUGUAUCUUAUGACUUUUUGUUACGAGGAUGAUUUGUUUUCUUUGUCUCUCUUUGGUUGCUCAAAUAGUAUUGGAUUAUCUUGUUUCUGUUCUAUGUGUGUCACUGCGAAGACUGACCUUGUAUAUUGAAAUAAAUCUCUUGCUAUGCUAUAUGCAUCCUUGUACUUAUGUUUUAAUAUCGAUCAGGAAAAAAAAAAUGAGCUGAAAAAGUAAUUUUUAAAUGUCAGUUCUUUUUUGGAUUUUUUUGUUUUAAUCUCGUUUGCUGGCUUAUUAAUUUAGAUUUGUUUGGUUGUUUUGUAAUACAGAAAAGCAAAAUGUAAACAAAAUUUGUUUGAACUAUGAAAUAAAAUGACAAUAUUUGCUAGGCCAGAAUGAAUAAUAAUGACUUAUUGUAUAUAUGCUUUUUUCUCCUUGGAUGAAAAGAGAAAAUAAAUUCAAAUGGUUGUAUAUUGUGUAGAAAAGCAAACAAAAGCCAUGAAUAUUGUGAAGCUUGUCAUUUCGUUUUGUGAUCACUGUGUAUUAUUGUGCAACAAAUGUGCAAAAUGUAUGGGGUUAUAAUUCUCCUGUUUUCAAUUAGCUCUAAAAAAUUCGUUUUCACCUUACUGUAUUUUUUUCCCUAGUAUUUAGUGGCAGUCCGAUCAAUAUCCCGAUGAGGAGUUCUUUGAUCCGUUUUCAGCUUAAACAUACAAGUUAUUGGGUGUUCCCUUGUUUUCAUGUGUCAAUAACAUUUGACAAUGCACACAGUUUUUCAUUUUGGAUUGUUUUCUGAUUAAUCCAUGCAAACUGCUCAGUUUAGGACUUGGAGUGGAGCAAAUGACUGGAUGGGGAAAUACUCUCAAUAAAAAGAAUAGCAUUUAUACUUUUUAGGUCAUGCAUAGUUCCCAAAUGCUUAUGUAAGCUGACUGAACUUCUCACAUGUUUUUAAUUAUCUGGGGGCGUAAAUGAGGUCUCUCAGUUAUUGAAAUUGUCAAUAGACUGGUUUAUGUGUCACAAGCAAAUCUAGCCUAUCAAAUGAAAAUUAAAAGACGUGAAUUGAAUUCAUUUAUACGUAUGUUUGCAAUCAGCAUUGAAAUCAAUUCAAUGGAAACUCUUUAAAAGUUAUAUGUACAAAUCAGGCUUUUAUUAGCUAAUGUGUGCACCUAUAAAAGAAAGUUACUUACCUUUAAAAAGAAUGGCCAUGGCAAAUGUGAUAUGUUGUCACUGCCUGACAUAUAUACUCGAUGUCAAAUGUAGCCACUAU